UCACGUAUCGUGUUUUGCCUUGCUGCAGAUGCGAGGCACACUCAACGUCUGAUUCUAUUCCUCCACCUUCAUCCACAGCCGUCGACUUCCGGAAAAGGAAAUCGGUUGUGGGCGAAUUCCUUCAGGGGCCAGAAGUAUAUCAUCCUCCUUCUCGCCCGUUCAUCUGCCUGUAUUUUCAGCAGAUUAACAAGACAACAUCACAACUAUCUACGUCCUCUUCGAUACAAUUCAAACUCAAUCACCACAACUUCUAUCACCAUGCGUCGGACCAGUGCUACCUUGGAAGUUCCCCUUCCUAUCACCUACACUCCCACCACCCACCGCAUCAGCAAAGCAAAGAAGGGAAAGCGUGUGCAUGCUUGCCAGUACCCUGGCUGUGACAAGGUGUUUACCAGAGCCGAACAUCGGAGACGCCAUGAGCUGAACCACAACCCCGAGGCCCUUUUCCGGUGUACGUACCCUGAGUGCCAGAGAGAAUUCCACCGCCAGGACUUGCUUAACCGUCACAUUGAACGACAUGAGCUCGACGCACAGAUGGAAAAUGCAGCACGUUGGAAGCAAACCCAGCUUCCCGUCGCACCCCAACCUUAUCCUCCGAAGAACCUCAUGCCUACACCCUUCGACUCCAACAUGUUCUUGCCUACACCACAACAGUCGACCUCCACUUCUAUGUCCAUCGAUUCCCUCGUCACCCCCGAAAUCCGCCUAGACCUUACUAACGACCAGUCCUUCAACUGGGAUGGUCUCGACUUCCCUUUGUACCCUCAGCAGCCUUCUCUGCUCCAGAGCCCCAUGCCAGAGGCGAUCGACGACAACUCCUCUUUCUAUUCGUACCCCGAGUCUUGCGCUUCUCCCUCCUCAUCUGGGGGUGCUACAUUCCUUUCUUCUCGCCCGAGCUCCUCGCUCUCCUCGACACCGGCUACAAUGAUGGACUCAUACCCGGAAACUUACCCAGAACCCAUUCUCGACUGCGGGUUGACUUCCUCGCCAUUGCAGCUGCAGGCGGACUUGCCGCCCUUGGAUUUCUCGGGUGUCGAUAUGUCGUGGUCGGAUAUUGAGCCUCUUUCGCUCGAUGGGGAUCUUGCGUCUCAUCCCCUACAAUACAAUGCCGCCCCUACAUGGGCCCUGUCCCAAGAGAAAUGCGAUCCGCAGCAAUACGCCGCGAAGUCAUUCUUCUUCUAGGUGUCUCAGUGACACUAGUAUAUAUAUUUCCUUUGUUUGUUUCUUUUGUUCAUUUCUUUGUCUGAUAUAAAACGACGAGAUGACCCUGGAGAGUCUCUCCAUUGAUGCUGGCAUGGUUAUGGUUAUGGAGUUUUGGUUUUCUUUCCUUUGUAUUUACAUAUAC